GAUAGUUGUGUGAGCUCGUGAGUUUCUCACAGACAUCGUGGCGCCAGGCUUUCACACAAUCACAGGAUAUGUAAAUACUUCAACAACGACCCAUUAGCCUUAAUGAUUGAGAAUUGAUCAGGCGUUAACGCACCUAUCCAUAUGUAAAUGACGGAGGGGUUCGGGGCCUAUAUAAAGACGGCCCUGGUUGUCAUCCUGUCACAACACAGUCUGACCUCAAUUGGAUACAGUUCAUUGCGCAAGAGACAGACAAGCCUUACUACAGCAAACAUGGUGAAAUACUUCUCCGUGGACUGGCUCAUCCAGAGUGACACCCCAACCAACAAGGACCAGGAAUCCAAGGACAUGUCUUUUGCUCACUUCCGACCACAUGUUCCUUGUGUGGUGCAGCCUCGUCAGCCGUCAUCGUUUGACAAAUCUUACCUUCAACCAAAGCCAAAAGUAAAGAAAAGUCUGGAUUUCAACGAUAAACACACGGAACAGGAGCCGGUCGUGACUCCAGCUUGCGGCCCAGCAGAUUGCUCCUCACCAAUUUCAGAAAUCAGUGGCUAUUCUUCUGGCUAUGAAAGCGAAGCGGCCUGCUCUGAAUGCCCUUCCGUGGAUGAUGGGCUUGAAGCGGAGAGGGAGGGUGCUCAGCGCCGGGUCCGAACCAAGUUCACCCCAGAACAAAUCCAGAAACUUGAGAAGAUCUUCAGCAAACACAAAUAUCUGGAUGCUGGGGAGAGAACCAAAACUGCCCUGAAGCUAAACCUCUCUGAAACACAGGUGAGAACGUGGUUCCAGAACCGGAGGAUGAAGGUGAAACGCGAUGUCCAGGAUUUGCGCGCUGAGUACCUGAACCCAGCGAUGCCCACCAUGAUAUACCCGGCAGUUCCAUCCGUUCAGUACCACAGCUUCGGAGCACAGCAGAUCCCCUUUGCCCCCACUGCCAGCAUGCUCUACUCGCCCAUGGGUCAACAAUUGCCGGUUCAGCAGUUGAUCACGCAUCAGACUAUCCACCCAGCAAUGUCUGCAGCUUAUUACUACUAAUUGGCUAUGAAAAAGACACUU